CUUAAAAGAAAAGAAAAUAAAAGGAAAGAGAAAACGCAACUCUCGCCACCACGGUCAGAGUCAGAGCUGCUCUCUGAUCGAUACGUCCCAAUCUCCAUUCUCCAGUACUGGUAGUAGUAGUAGUAGUUAGGACUUAGGAGGAGGUCGUCAUCGAUAUGGAACCUUGUGAUUCUGCAAUUCCCGAUUCCGAUGACGGAGCAACGAAUCCAUCAAAAGAUUCACAAAACAAGAACACACCCGUCCAACAAGAUUCGAUAUCACUUGGGGUAAAGAAACCUCCGACGAACUCUCCUGUGAAUCCAUUAUCUCCGGCCACUAAUGCUGCAAGCGGGCGACUUGUAUAUGUCCGCAGAAGAGUCGAGGUUGACACUUCCAAAGCUGCUGCUGCUGCUGCUGCUAGCACAACUCCGCCUAAGGAACCACCAACCGUGGCUGUGGCUGUGGCUGUGGCCAGCUCUUCCCCGCAGGGACCUUCCAGCCAUAGGUUAGACUGGGAAGAGCGUUACGAUCAUCUUCAAACGCUACUUAAUAUGCUUAAUGAAUCUGAUCGCAACGAUCAUGUACAGAUGCUUUGGUCACUUCCCUCCUCCGAGCUUAGCAAGCAUGCUGUUGAGUUGGAAAAGAGGUCUAUUCAAUUCUCUCUCGAGGAAGCGAGAGAGAUGCAGCGUGUAGCGGCUUUAAACGUGUUAGGACGCUCUGUGAACAGUCUUAAAACUUCAUCAAAUGACAGAGAACAGUAAGGGACAAAGGAAAAUGGGAAGCAAGGCAAGAGCGCACUGAUGUGGAUGAACACAAAAGCGAAGAAAGGGCAAUUAUUAAUAGUGAGGGCGAGGGCAAAUAGGCAUUGCUACAGUAGUUGUGAUACUAUGUAAAAGUAGAUUUUGUCGGGUGAGUCUAUCUUUUAAUUUGUCCCCUCCGUUAAGAGGAAUUCAUUAUAAGGAAUGUACAACAAAAAAUCAUGUAUGCGUAAUAAAAAUACCAUGUAAGAGAAGAGAUGAUCUAAGCCCACGAGUUAGGGGGUGAUUCAAUAUUCCUCCAAAACUCCUGAGACAACUGUGGCACGUCACUUCGUAUUAUUAUAAGAAGAUCCCAUUGUAA